AUAUUAAUAGAAAAUAUUUCCCUCGAUUCACCGUUAUUUGUAUCCAAAUUCAAAGUGCAUUUAUAAAUGUAACGGAACAGCUCUGAUAACCGCCAAAGCCAAGUAAAUAGGGCAACACUGACGCGAACAUAUGCUUCUGACACCCUAACCAGCUGAUACCUCUUUCUGCUGCCAUCUGUGGGGGCAACGCGAGUAUCGUGUGUAAAAAUAAUUGUUAAUUUGUAAAUUAAAACGACGCCCGACAUGUUGGCUCGACGAAUGCAACUAUGGCGAUCAGCUAAUGCGGCCGCAACGCUGACAGCGACGACGCACCGACCAACCAAACAGAGCUUGGCCACCUCCAGGACAAAUCGACAUAUGCAUGUGGCUACUGGCGCCUGGAACUGGAACAAUCAAGUACAAUUACAGAGAAGUACGCCUCUAUUGCGGGCCUCCUACACAGUGCUCCCCCUAAAUGCCGCAACUGUGCGCUUCGCCAGCACCGAUGACGGCGCCGAUGGGGAAUUAAAUGCAGAGGUGCCCGAGUCAUUGCCCACCAAGGAGCUGGUCGACUUACCCAACAUACCGGACGCGCCAACACCGCCGCCCUUCGUUGACCCGCUCUCAUCCCAGGUGGAGGUUGUGGAGAAUUUAAAUGCGGCCGGUGAGGCAACGUUUGCAUCGAUCGGACUGGGCGGCUGGACGCCCGUUGGUCUUGUACAGAACUGCAUGGAGUUCCUGCACUGCACCUGGGAGUUGCCCUGGUGGGGAGCCAUUGCCAUUGGUACGCUCGUUGUCCGCACUAUUAUCUUUCCACUGGUAAUAGUGGCGCAACGCAACUCGGCGAAGAUGAACAACAACAUGCCGCAGAUGCAGUUGUUGCAACUGAAGAUGACCGAAGCGAGGCAGUCGGGCAAUGCUUUAGAGUCGGCGCGCUAUGCUCAGGAAAUGAUGCUGUUCAUGCGCGAGAAGGGCGUCAAUCCGCUCAAGAAUAUGGUUGUACCUUUGGCCCAAGCGCCGCUCUUCAUAUCCUUCUUCAUGGGUCUGCGCCAGAUGGCCAAUACGCCGGUGGCAUCGAUGCGAGAGGGUGGCCUGUGGUGGUUUACAGAUCUCACUGUGGCCGAUCCGCUCUUCCUGCUGCCGCUGAUAACCAGUGCAACCCUGUACCUGACCAUCGAGAUUGGCACGGACAGCGCCCGGUUGUCGGCGGCCAACAUGCAGACCAUGAAGUAUGUGCUCCGCGCGCUGCCCAUCGUCAUCUUUCCCUUCACCAUGAACUUCCCCGCCGCUAUAUUGACCUACUGGGCCUGCAGUAAUUUCAUCUCCCUGGGCCAGGUAGCGGUGCUACGCAUUCCGACCGUUAGGGACUACUUUAAGAUCGAAAAGAUGCUCGUCCACCAGCCCAGCGCACUGCCAGCCAAGAAGAAGGGCUUUGUGGGCGGCAUGAAGGAAUCUUGGGACAACAUGAAGAUCACCAAGGAGAUCGAGGAGCGUCAGCGUCUGGACGAGAUUCGCUUUGCGAAGGCUGGCAAAGGGCCGUUGGUAAAAACCUUCAAGCACGAUCCCACAAAGCCGCAGGUGACGGCCAGUUUAAAGGAUCAGAAUCAGGACCAGUCGAAAAAGUAGCCCCGUAGCCAAUGAUGGGCCCAGGGACUUCAGAGUGUGCCAGCGCUGUGUUUUGUUACCAUUUAUCUAGACUUAAGUUUUCUCCUCCACCCCACACAAAAGAUGUCUCUGCCGACUUUUUUUUAACGAUAAAGGAUAAUUUGUAUUGACUAGAGUCCUACACGGA